AUGAGACGACGUCGGUGUCGGCAGCUGCCUGAGGUCGAAGUUGAAAUCAAGUUUGAUGUCUUUGUGUCCUUUGAUUCUCAGGAUUCAGACUGGCUCAUGGAAGAAGUGGCUAACUUUCUGGAGGAUGACCUAAAUCUCAAACUGUGUAUUCACGAAAGGGAUUUUGAAGGAGGCAAAAUGAUUAUCGAUAAUAUCGUGGACUGCAUGGAUCAGAGCGAGAAGAUCAUUAUGAUUGUGUCCAACAACUUCGCCAGGAGUAACUGGUGCCAGUGCGAAGUGAAAAUGGCUCUUAACCAACAAUUUGAAAUUCACAAGGACGUCAUUGUUGUUAUCCGCGAAAUGGUUGACAGAAAAUAUAUGUUCAAAUCUCUCAAGUGGACAUAG